AUCAAUAUGUGCAAAGUCAAGAUACACCAAGUACACCUGAAGGACAAUAUUUGAACAGACUUCAUUGUUUCACUCAAAUAAUCACCGCUGCGGACCUUGUGAAGCAAUGCUUGUGAAUGCUCGCCGCUCUAUUUGCCGCGAUUGUCUGCGGAAUAGGCUGUGUCAAUGGAGAGCUGCUGCUGCCAACCCAGGUCGCGUUCGGCUGGCGACCUCUGAGCAAAUUGUUGGCUGUACCAUCAAAGAGUACAAAGGUCUGGUUAUGGGCUCAACGGUGCGGGCCAAAGAUGUUACCAAAGACAUCACCAGCGCGAUCCGAGCAGUAUUCGGCGGAGAACUUCCCCACUACACUCAGUUGAUGCAAGAUGCCAGAGAAGAAGCCAUGUCUCGCUUGGAGGACGAAGCUCUGAAGUUGGGCGCCAAUGCUGUGGUGAGUUUGAGACUGUCCUCCACCAACAUCGCGGCAAACUCUUCUGAAGUGAUGGUCUAUGGCACGGCAGUCAUUGUCGAGUGAGCAAAGUCAGAAUCAGUCAGAAAUGCUUCAACUUGUUGCACAGACUGAGAGCUCAUUGGAGCCUCUACCUUGGCUGAUGGCGCCCGUGAAAUCCCCGAAUACUCGCU